AUGUCCAAAGCGCGAGUCAUCCUCCAAAAUAUCACUUCUGCCAAUUUGUUGAUGAAUAAUGUGGAUGAAUGGAAAUCAACUGUGAAUAAUCGAGGAGUGGUUUUAUACCUUUCUUUCAUGAAAGGAUGCACUUCCGAGGAUGUCUCAAAAAUUGUGAAACAAAUUCUUCAAUCUAAAAGUAUUUCUACAGGACUCGAUAGUAAACAAGCAAUUUGCGAGCUGGAUAAUUUUGACAUUGUGAUUGUUCCACAGGCUUCAAUUGCUGGAAAAUUGAAAGAUAAAAAUUUUCAAUAUUACCAAUUAAUAGACAAAGACACAGGUUUGCAAUUGUACGAACAUUUUGUUAAAGAAGUUCACUCCAUGAUGACAGGACGAGAGGGUAACGUUAUUAUUUCUGGUACUUAUGGAAAUAGGCAAGGAUUGCAGUUUUCAUCAGAUGGCCCCUAUUGUCACAUUUUCGAAGUGUAA